GAUAUGUCAAACUUCAUUAAUGCCGAUAUCGAGAAAGAGGCAGAGGAACUGGAGGCCAAGGAAAACGGAGGCCAUGGCGAUGGACACGAUGCACACGGGCAUUCUGGACACGAUGGACACGGUGGUCAUGAGUCACACGGAGGAGGCCACGGCCAUGAUGCCGACUGCACCGAGGAGCACGGCCACGGCGACGGCCACGGCCAUAAUGGGCAUUCCGGCGGCCACGGGCAUUCCGACGGCCACGGCAGCGACGGGCACGGCAACGGGCACUCGGAUGAGCACGGGCAUAACGCCAAGAAGCGCAAGACCAAAGACAACAGGCACGACAGCCGAGUCAACUCGUUCGCCGUCGUACGGGAAGGAGAAGUUCUGCCUGAAAAGCUGGGGAAAUUAAUGGAGACUCUCGGGCAGCUGCCGAAGGAACAAGGUGUGAUCUUCCGGAUAAAAGGCAUCCUCGCGGUCAAGAACCACCCAUACAAGCAUGUCUUUCAUGCGGUGAUGGACGUCAGCGACGAGGAUGAUGCAGAGCCAUGGGCUCCUGGAGAGAAGCGAAUAACCAAAAUGGUGUUCAUCGGAAAGGAUUUGGAUAAGGCGUUCAUCCGGCAAACUUUCGAGGCGUGCUUCGAGAAGUGA